AUGCCUCAGAAAGAGUACCUGCCCAAGAGCUACCAGGAGACACAGUCGCAGUCGCAGGACGCAAGUCCGGCUGUCUACCUGCACUCUGAAGGCGCAAAGCGAUCGUUUGACUUUUCUUUUGAACCAAUCCGCGAGAAUCUGUUUCGCGUCACCUUCACCUCCCCCGAUCACCCUCUCCCUCCCUAUCCCAGCGUCACCAAGCCCGCCACAGACCUCAAUGGCCUCGACGUAAAGACCGCCGGCGCACCCUCACAAAAGGCCUUCGAGGUCGGAAAUGUCAAAGCCACAGUGGACUGGGAAAACACCCCCGUCGUAUCCCUGUCAUGGAAGGACAACAACAAGACUCUCUACCGCGACCUCCCGCUCCGCUCAUACGUCGCCGACGGCGAGGGCAUCGCCCACUACACUGAGCACGACCGCAACGCGCUGCACGUCGGACUCGGCGAGAAGAACGCGCCGAUGGAUUUGACGAGCCGCCACUUCCAGCUCUCGGCGACAGACAGCUUCGGAUACGACGUGUACAACACCGACCCGCUGUACAAGCACAUCCCGCUGCUGAUCAAGGCGACUGCCGACGGGUGCGUUGCCAUUUUCUCAACUACACACGGUAGGGGGACGUGGUCGGUUGGUUCCGAGGUUGAUGGGCUCUGGGGGCACUUCAAGGUGUACCGACAGGAUUUCGGCGGUCUUGAGCAGUACCUCAUUGUCGGGAAGACGCUAAAGGAUGUGGUCCGAUCCUACGCGGAGCUCGUCGGGUUCCCGCUUGCUGUGCCGCGUUGGGCGUAUGGAUACAUUUCCGGCGGAUACAAGUACAGCGCGAUGGAUGAGCCGCCGGCUCACCAAGCGCUGAUGGAGUUUGCCGAUAAACUCAGAGAACACGAUAUCCCCUGCUCAGCGCACCAGAUGAGCUCGGGCUACUCGAUCGCCGAGGUCGAGCCCAAGGUGCGCAACGUAUUUACCUGGAACCGAUACCGAUUCCCCGACCCCGAGAAGUGGAUCAAGCAGUACCACGACCGGGGCAUCCGUCUUUUGACCAACAUCAAGCCGUUCCUGUUAGGAUCGCACCCGGACUUCCAGAAGCUCAUCGAUGGGAACGGCUUCUUCAAGGAUCCCGAGACUGGCGAGCCGGGGUACAUGCGGCUGUGGAGUGCCGGAGGCGGAACUGGUGGUGAUGGGUGCCAUAUCGAUUUCACCUCUGCGGCUGCCUUCAAGUGGUGGUAUGAUGGAGUUCAGUUCCUCAAGCGUUCUGGAAUCGACGGCAUGUGGAACGAUAACAACGAGUACACGCUUCCCAGCGACGACUGGAGGGUUGCGCUGGACGAACCGACCGUCUCAGAAGCUGUUAAGAGGCAGGAGAAGGACAACACUGUUGGUCUGUGGGGCCGUGCGAUGCACACCGAGUUGAUGGGCAAGGCUUCUCACGAUGCGCUUCGUGAUCUCGAGCCGAAUGUGCGGCCUUUUGUGUUGACAAGGAGUGCCACGGCUGGUACGAUGCGCUACUCGGCCAGCACAUGGAGUGGUGACAAUGUCACCAGCUGGGAGAGCAUGAGGGGUGCAAACGCGCUUUCACUCAAUGCGGCCAUGUCCCUUCUUCAGUGCGAGGGCCACGACAUUGGCGGAUUCGAAGGACCCCAACCCUCCCCCGAACUCCUUCUCCGCUGGAUCCAACUCGGAAUCUACUCCCCACGCUUCGCCAUAAACUGCUUCAAGACCUCCCCCGACAACAGCGAAACCGGCGAAGUAAUCGAACCCUGGAUGUACCCCGAGAUCACCCCCAACGUCCGCGCGACAAUCAAGCGGCGCUAUGAGAUCCUCCCCUACAUCUACUCCCUCGGAAUAGAAAGCCACCUGUAUGCGUCCCCGCCACAACGCUGGGUCGGAUGGGGGUACGAGGCCGACCCCGAGGUGUGGAGCAAGGCGCUGAAGCGCGGCGAGGAGCAGUUCUGGUUCGGCGAGACGAUCCUCGUGGGUGGUGUGUAUGAGCCUGGUGUCGAGGUGGGCAAGGUCUACCUCCCGCGGAAAUCGGGCGAUUCUUUCGAUUACGGGUUCGUGAAUAUGAACGCCCCGUAUACGUACUAUGCCUCCGGCCAGUGGGUUGAGGUUCCCUCGCAGUGGAAGAGCAGCAUUCCGCUCCUCGCCAAGAUCGGCGGAGCCAUUCCCGUCGGUAAGUCGGUGCAGACGAGGAUUCCCGGCGAUGAGACCGAGGCGUCUCUAGCCGUCACUGAGGUGGACGACUACCGCGGCGUCGAGAUCUUCCCUCCGCGGGGUAGCUCGCACGAGACCGUCUUCUCGACUACGUGGCUAGAAGACGACGGCAUCUCCAUCGACGCCAAGGUCUCCAAGUACACGAUCAACUACAGCUCGACGGAGGAUCGGGUGAUUGUGGGGUUCACAAAGGAUGAAGAGAGCGGGUUCGUGCCUGCGUGGAAGGAGCUGGAUAUCAUCCUGCACAACGGGGAUGCUCGACGGGUUGUGUCGGAUGUUGGGAAGAUGGUCGAGUAUAAGGGUCAGGAUGCGCGUGGUCGGGAGGUGUACACGUUGAAGUAUUAGGAUGACCUUGGGAUGUACUAUGUGGUGUGAUGUACGAAUGUGACGGCCAGAAUGCAUCUCGGGUUGGGCGUUGGUUAGAGGAUAGAAUGAAUCAUAGAAUGAAUCAUAGAAUGAAUCAUAGAAUGAAUACAUUGAUGCUUGCACGAGACACUUUUCCAUAGCAACCAG